CAAAUCCGUCUCCAAACAUCCGUUGAGGCAUGAAUCUAUUGCAUCGAUUACCCAAAUUUCAAUACACAUUCAGCUCGCUAUGUUCUCCAAAGCGAGUCGUAUGCUGAGUCUAAGGAACUACUCUGCUACUCUGGAUAGCCAGGAUAUAUGGGAGCUAAAACAACUAACUACUCUUGGCCUGAACGGCAAUGUAACCUCAGCUGCGCUUGAGCCCUUCUGUGGUCUCCUUGCGAUAGGGACUGAUCGAGGCUCUGUCCUCUUGCGAGGGAGCUUAGCGGCGUCGUACGAUGUUGUUCUCCCGGCCCCCCGUAAACCCUCUGUCAGAUUCAUCAACUUCCUAGCCAGCCUCCAAAGGAUCUUAAUAACAGACUCCCGUAACUCGUUUUAUGUGUACGAUCUCAACAACUCAAGGGCACCAUCAUUGAUUUGGUCCACUGCUAUUUCUCACACUGUGAAUGUUGUUGUGACCUCUCCAUGUCACUCCCAUGCAUUUGUUGGUUUAGACAACGGUCAAUGCAUUACCUUUGAUAUGGAGCGCUUAUGCUCUUCACCUUAUACCAUUCCCAAUCUAUGGGCUCAACAUGAAGACAGCAAAGGGGUGUUUCGUUCCCGUCACGUCAAGAAGGAGCCUACGCUGGUGGAUGUGGUUCUGCACCCCCGUGAUCUAAACAAUAUUUUCCUGGCGUAUGAAGGCGGAGUUAUUUUGUGGAAUAUUGUCCGCAAGGAAAUAGUAAAGACCUAUGAACUGACACCCACGGAAUCCAGUGUGAAAGGGGUCGACAGCCACUCUGUGACGUGUCUGACGGUGCAUCCGUCGGGUCAGAUAUUCGCUGUGGGACACAUGGAUGGCAGUAUAUCCUUUUGGUCGCUCGAAGAACACACGACCCCACUUGCUUUACGCGUACUUCCAACUUAUCGCAGUAGUAUUGAAGGGGUUCGUGAACCCAUUUUUAAAAUGGCCUGGAGCUCAUUCCCAACACUGGACGAGUGCAAAUCGCUUUUGAUGGGUUUGGCAUCAGAUAUGACCACAAAGCUGCCUCGUCUUAUUGGGUCUACCUUGGACUACGCUGGGGGUGAGACCGCAUUGACCGUCCUUGGAGGCAUCCGUAGUAGCGAACCAAAAGGUGUCACGAUCGUCCAACUUCCUCCUUAUCAUCCAUCAAACAGCGUUGCCUCUCAACCCAACCAUGCGGAAGCUAAUCGGAGCGGUUUAGUCGCAUCUCUCCAGUCGAUUGGCGUGCAUCGCUACGUGUCCUGGGAACCGGUGGAUGAUUUCCUACUGGUGCCGCGAGAAAGUCCACAUUUUAAUGCAGCCCAUGACCCAUUAUGCAUUAUCCUCUUCUCCAAAUUGCCGAGCCAGUCGUUUGUGACAUCAGUUAUUCAACCCAUGGAGUUUCCACCAGCGUUGGUGUCAAUAGAUCAUGUUUCAGGCAGCGACGAGGGAUCACUUCCCGCUGGCAAUGCCAAGCUAGAGGCGAUCCCCUUCGGCUCCAGUUAUCCUAGCACUGGGUCCACGAUUCCGAGCCGCUUCAGGAUACCGUUCAGCCUUCUAACUGCUGACGAUGAGAUUCUGGGUGCAAAACUCAUAAAAUUCGAUAAAGCGCUAUUUCUUCGCCUUCUUCGCCACUGGGUUGACAGCGGAGUCGAUGACGAGGCAGAAGGCAUAUCUCCAAAUGGACGAAUCCCUCUUCGCGCCGGAAUGGCCGCGCCGAAUGAUUCAAUUCCCCGCGCAGCAAGAUUUGACCCCUUCCAUUUGAUGAUCACGCACAAUCAAGAUCUCCACAUAAAAUUUUAUGACUUCAGCCAGCACUUGCUAUCAUCUUCUGCACCUCUCAAAAGCGAAUAUCCUCAGCCCCUUCCCCAUUUGGAAAUCGACCUCGUCAAGUUCAUCAGUCAUCCGUCGCUGAAGGGUGUUUUUAACGACAGCCAAGAUACUGAGGUCAAGUCUAUUCACCUCACGAACGAGUCUCUAGAAUGCUUGAUAGAACUCUCGAAUGGCCAAAUCUUUGCCUUUGUGUUCAGAGAUGGAGACCAACGAUACCACGCCGUGCCUAAGACUCCGACCGUCACGUCGGGUCUCGAUGAUGACAACCUUAUCAUGAUCAGUGAUUUGCCAAUGGGUCAAUUGCGGUUGUCGAUAUGCGGGGGCCCCGUCUCAUCAAACCUCAAAGGGUGACGGAAAAUAAGAAAGGUAAAGGAAGAAGUCAUGCUGACACCAUAUCUGUAAUGGGCUGGGCGGUGGUUCUGGACGCCGAUGGAUCCGAUGAGACGACGCUGCAGCUAGUUGCGGUGACAAUAGACGGCUUCUUGGAAAAUUUCGUGUUCCGUAUAGAUGACGAAGGAGUAUGGAUGAUGCACUCAUUAAUGAAGGACAUCAAGAUGUCUAUCCCAAAACCCGAACACAUUUUUCUCAUUGAUGCUGAAGGAAACGACAUUUCCCCGACCCCUUUAACCCUCC